GUCAUGAGACAGUCGAUGACAGCAUCUUGUUUCGAAGAGAUCGAGGCCAGUGAACUAGUGGAGACUAUGGUACAGUCGUUUCAGGCUGAGGAAAUAGCAAGCGAAAUGAGCAAAUCGAUCGCUGAAGAGAUCCAUGACGUACUCCUUGGUGACGACGAUGAGAAGGCUGAAAUCCAGCUGACAAAUACUGGUGUCAGUGUGCUUCCUUUUUCAUAUCCAUUCACGUUAAAACACCUAAUUCGGUUUUAUCCGAUUUUGAUGACAGAUAAUCUAGGCAAAAAAUGUUCCGUGUCAACAAUGACAGCCGUGUCAUCUCUGGACCUGGAGGUGACUCACAGAGGUCUGCACCGCUUCAUCCCCCGUCACAAGGACGAGAUUAACAUCGGUAUUGGCGAUCCCAUACAUGUCAUCAAAGAGUGUGACGAUCUGUGGUGCGAAGGUAUUAAUUUGCGAACUGGAGAAAAAGGUAUAUUUCCCGCCAUGUACGCAAAUGAUCUCAAUUUCUUGGAAGAAUCUGAUGACGAAGAUGAAUACUGGAAGUUCAGUAUGAGGUUUUUAGGAUCUGUCGAGGUUGUUUCACAUAAAGGGGAUGAAACUCUAGUUCAAGCAAUUAGUAAAUCCCACAAAGGAAACGUCACUGCGGCAUCCUUAAGCACUCUUGAAAUAAAUCAAUAUGGAAUUAGAAUGAUUGACAAGAGCAAAGAAGGGCACGAGAAAGAUGCCUUUUCCCAUUUCUUUGCGCUAAAGAACAUCUCCUUCUGUGGAACUCACCCAAAGGACAACAGAUAUUUUGCUUUCAUUACAAAGCAUCCACGAGACUACAAAUUUGCAUGUCACGUGUUUCACGGAGACAAGCCGACACACAGGGCUAGGGAUGCUCUCGGGGAGGCGUUCAAGAGAUUCUACCAGGAAUACAUGGCAUUCACUCAUCCCACUGAGGACAUAUACAUGGAAUAG